GCCAUAGACACAUCUCGUAUUUGUUUCAAACCUGCUACGCCGGGAACUCGGAGCUGUCAUCUACUGGAGCUGAUUAUGCAUGCAGCAGCAGCGGAGCCUGAUUGGGCGUAGUAGGACCUAAGGCGAGGGGGAGAGGGAGUGGGGAGAGAGUUGGGCUUGCAGCACCGAAAUGUAAACAGUGGGAGGGCAGACGGAGCAAAACGCCGGUGGGCGCCGAGCCGCUCACCUCUCGCCCAUUGCCCGCCGGGCUGGAUGAGCAGGGGCAGGCACGGCGGGCAUCUCCUGCCUGUGGAUAUCCAUCGGAGCCGUCGGGAUGCGCUAGCUUUCUCCAGCGCUGCAGCUCCGCCGUGCUCCGCACCGGAGCUCGGACGGGGCAAUGGACAUGAACAUGAAGAAGUUCACGGUGCGGCGGUUCUUUUCUGUGUAUCUCCGCAAGAAGUCUCGGUCGAAGAGCUCAAGCCUAAGUAGAUUUGAGGAAGAAGGUAUUGUGAAGGAAAUAGACAUCAGUCACCAUGUGAAGGAAGGUUUUGAAAAAGCAGAUCCUUCUCAAUUUGAGCUGCUGAAAGUAUUAGGACAAGGUUCAUAUGGAAAGGUAUUUCUAGUGAGGAAGAUCAAAGGAUCUGAUGCAGGCCAGCUGUAUGCCAUGAAGGUACUUAAGAAAGCAACUCUGAAAGUUCGGGAUCGGGUACGGUCAAAAAUGGAGAGAGACAUUUUGGCAGAAGUGAAUCAUCCUUUCAUAGUCAAGCUUCAUUAUGCAUUUCAAACAGAGGGGAAGUUGUAUCUAAUACUAGAUUUUCUGCGGGGAGGGGACCUUUUCACAAGACUCUCCAAAGAGGUGAUGUUUACAGAAGAGGAUGUCAAGUUCUAUUUAGCUGAGCUGGCCUUGGCUUUAGACCACCUCCAUGGGCUUGGAAUUAUUUACAGGGAUCUAAAACCAGAAAACAUUCUUCUUGAUGAAGAGGGCCACAUUAAGAUAACAGAUUUCGGUCUGAGUAAAGAAGCCAUCGAUCAUGACAAGAGAGCGUAUUCGUUCUGUGGGACAAUAGAGUAUAUGGCCCCAGAGGUGGUCAACCGCAGAGGACACACUCAGAGCGCCGACUGGUGGUCUUUUGGUGUGCUCAUGUUUGAGAUGCUGACAGGGUCAUUACCAUUCCAGGGAAAAGACAGAAAGGAGACAAUGGCUCUUAUACUCAAAGCCAAGCUGGGAAUGCCACAGUUCUUGAGCAUAGAAGCCCAGAGCCUGCUGCGAGCCCUCUUCAAAAGAAACCCAGCUAACAGAUUAGGUGCUGGAUUUGAUGGAGUGGAAGAAAUUAAACGUCACCCUUUCUUUAUUACUAUAGACUGGAACAAACUGUACAGAAAAGAAAUCAAGCCGCCUUUCAAGCCUGCAGUGGGACGGCCAGAAGACACUUUCCACUUUGAUCCGGAGUUCACAUCUCGGACCCCUACAGAUUCCCCAGGUGUUCCUCCAAGUGCCAAUGCUCAUCAUCUUUUCAGAGGGUUUAGCUUUGUUGCCUCUAACUUGGUGCAGGAGCCUGCACAGCAGGAUGUGCACAAAAUCACCGUUCAUCCAAUUGUGCAGCAAUUACAUGGAAACAAUAUUCACUUUACAGAUGGAUAUGAGAUCAAGGAGGACAUAGGAAUUGGCUCCUAUUCAGUGUGCAAGAGGUGUGUUCAUAAAGCAACAGAAACUGAGUUUGCAGUGAAGAUAAUUGACAAGAGCAAGAGAGACCCCUCUGAAGAAAUAGAGAUUCUCUUGCGAUACGGACAGCAUCCAAACAUCAUUACUCUUAAAGAUGUCUAUGAUGAUGGGAAAUAUGUGUACCUGGUGAUGGAGUUGAUGCGGGGAGGAGAGCUCCUGGACCGCAUUCUUCAGCAGAAGUGUUUUUCAGAGCGAGAGGCCAGCGCUGUGCUGUGCACUAUCACCAGGACUGUGGACUACCUGCACUCACAGGGGGUGGUUCACCGAGAUUUGAAGCCAAGUAAUAUCCUCUACAUGGAUGAGUCAGGAAACCCAGACUCCAUCAGGAUCUGUGACUUUGGCUUUGCCAAGCAACUGAGAGCAGAGAAUGGGCUGCUCAUGACUCCCUGCUACACCGCCAACUUUGUCGCCCCUGAGGUCCUUAAGCGCCAAGGUUAUGAUGCAGCCUGUGACAUCUGGAGCUUGGGGAUCCUGUUGUACACCAUGCUGGCAGGGUUCACUCCUUUUGCAAAUGGGCCAGAUGACACCCCAGAGGAGAUUCUGGCCAGGAUUGGCAGUGGCAAAUACGCACUUACUGGAGGAAACUGGGAUUCAGUAUCAGAUACUGCAAAGGAUAUCGUGUCUAAAAUGCUUCACGUAGACCCUCAUCAGCGUCUCACAGCAGUUCAAGUGUUGAGACAUCCAUGGAUAGUGAACAGGGAAUAUCUGUCUCAAAAUCAACUUAGCAGACAGGAUGUUCACCUGGUGAAGGGUGCAAUGGCAGCCACUUACUUUGCUUUAAACCGUACACCUCAGGCACCAAGGCUGGAGCCUGUAUUGUCCUCCAAUCUGGCUCAGCGGAGGGGCAUGAAAAGACUUACCUCAACCAGAUUGUAGCAGUAGCCCCACAAGGUCUCCUUGGAAACCCACAGUUUAUUAUUUGAGAGAUUCAUCUUUAGUUGGUUAGUAUAACUUUUCUGGACACCUUGCACAUGAAAUCACCGGAACUAGCAGAAGUCCAGCAUAAGGCAAAAUCUACCUUUCCUCCAUCAUUUCUUUUACAUUCCAGCCAGAAUCCUGAGUUUAACAACUUCACAAAGAUGUGCCAAUUUUGCUAGUAGCUCUGUUUCCUUACUGAGGUAAAGCCAAAUAAAGUAGACAUGCUCCAUCCAUCCCUCCCUAGAAGAGUCUUUAAGAUGUUCUGCAGGAACAUAGUUUUCACUGUUUUUUUUCUCAAGAAAAGCACUUUUUGUAAAGAAGAUGCAGUCAGAUUUGAAUGUUCUCAGCAGUUCCCACAAGCAUCACGAUGAAGUGCUCGGCUGGUCGCCUACUGGUCUCCACUCACCCCAGGAGGACUGAAGGCUGCAGAGACACAUGGAUAAUACCUUACUGGAAAUUAAUGCUGUACAGCAUGAAGGAGAGCAAGCUGUCUGUGGUGGAAACACCUUCUGAUUCCAAGAAAUCUUUUGCACUUUGCCCCUGCCCUGUCUGGAACGAUGUCAGCAGCGCUCAAGGAGAAGUGCACGCUGUGAGCUUGACUUUGACAGAGGUCUGGUCCUCUGAGAGCAGAAAGUCUCUGAGAAACAUAGUCCUCCAAGAGGGCUAUUGAGUCCCAUGGGUCUGUGGGAAAGCAUUUGUCUAAAGUAGUGGAGCCUAUGGAUGAGAGGUGACAAAGAUGUCUGGUCUCAGCUCAUAAGAAGGCCGUCUGCCUCUGGAUGCAGGCAAGGUCACUGCCACCACUGGGGAGUGCCCAUUUCUGAAGGGCCCAGCCAACUCUGUCACAAGCUUUAACCAUAAUAAAUCAGGAGGAGAGACAGGAGGAUGCUAUGCUUUUAUAUUUAUAUAAAUAUAUAUACAUCUAUAUUUAUAUAUAUAUAAAAAAAAAAAUCUGUACCCUACUGCCUGGAUUAUUCAAGUUCAGGGAAAUAAAACUUGGUUGAGAAGGUCUCAGCAAAGUGGACCUUUUUCCUCAUUCCCUGAGCUACCUUUUUUAUUGUUUUUCUUACCCAUUGUGGCAUAUGGUGAUCACGAGCUGCCCAGGAUUCUUCUUUAUAAUGCUUUUGUUUUGUUUUCUGAGUGAAUUUUGUCACCUGAGAUGCUCUGUGGGGAGAAGCUAAUGUGCUAUAUUGAGUUUUUGUCUAUUUUGAAGGGAGAAAAAAACAAAACAAAACGUUAACAUGGAGCUUUGUGUGCUAGAGGUGGCAAUUGCCUGGCUGGGUAGUGCUGCACUAUGGUGCCAUGUGAAAUUACCGGGUCAUGGCAUCAGUGUUCAGGGGGACGAUGAGUUGCAUUUGCUAAAGCAAAUGCUUCCUAAAACUAUCUGUGUUCCAGUGUUAACUGAACUUUGUUUGUUUGCAUUAGCCUAUUUUUAAAUUUAAAUUUAUUCUUAAUAAUUUAAACCAAUAUUUAAUGUCCAGGUUUAUGUGCUGUGCACACAGGAAUGCUGCAAAGCAGCUCCUCUUGAAGGCCUUCUCUUUUCUAGAAUAAACAAUGCUGUGAAACUUCACACAGAGGAUGAAUUGGCUUGAAUUGCUGUGUGGGAACAUGCAUAGGUGUGGCUACGUUUAUUUACAAAGCAGCAGAGAAUAAUUUGCUUAAUUCUCUACUCUGGCUAAGCUGUGCUCAAUAUUAGCUAUUUGCUGUUUUUACACUUUUCAUUGGAAGCUAAUUAAGUCUCAUACAUUUCUGCUGUCAGAGAUGUCUUGACUGAUGCAGAGAUGUGCCAGCCAACUCCCUGGAUGUGACUUCUGUCUGCAGGAAGGCAAGGUGGCAUGGGGAUGCUGAGGGCAUCUGGAGGGAGGGCUGGAUUUUCUGGUGUCCCAAUUGAUUUGAAUUGUUUCAACGAAAUGUCUUUUUAACAUGUCAUUGUACAUAGGCAGAAAGAGUGCUGUAAAUAUUAGGUACAGUUUUUGUCUCCACUAGAAAUUUCCUGGCAUCUUUCUCCCCUUGUUUCAGUUUGGAUUCUCCUCACAGUCAUUGGAAACAGUCUGAUCCCUUGUUGAUGUACUCAGUCUUAAUUUUUCAAGCUUUUUCUUUUUCCAUCUGAUUAUGUUGUAGGCCAAGCUUACAGGAUGCUGCUCUUCCAGGAGUUCAAUAGUUUGAAUUUCUUCCUGGCUGAGCUCUUUAUAGCCCAGCAGUUAUCACCCUAUUAACCAUACAAGGUUGGGGCCAUGUACAGAAUGCUACAUUUUGAUGCUCAUUAAUUAUUUUCAUUUAUAAGCCCAUAAAUUACAUACAAUGGUAUUUGAAUAACAAGAUUUUGUUGCCAUUGUGUCCAGAUGUAUACCUGUGUGUGCGUAUCAAAAACAUGCAGUCCCAGCUUAUCCAAGUGAGAAUGUCAGCAUAGUCAGCAAAGCAAGUGCUUUGCAUCUGAGCAGGCAGGGGAUGGCAGCAAGGCACCAAGGCACCAGCUCUGCUGUGACAUGUACUGGCAUGGGGCAGUAGGGCCCUCCACUGAGGUGGGUGCAGGCAGUGGGCUUUUUAAACAAGCAGCUUACCCAUGCCAGAUUGUGCAUGCAAAGGUGGGAGGCAAAUCCUGGCUUCAAGAAGUGUGCCACAAGUUUGUGUAAAAUGCCAGUAACCAGAAGGUGUAUGCUUUCAGAUGAUGUGCUGUGGGGAGAUGGUCCUGACUAUGUGUAUUUUUGCCACUGUGGAGAUUAUAAAGAAGAAAUCCUGAGGUUUGUUAUGAAGUCAUCAGUUUUCACAGAGGGAAUUCCUGAUUUUGUAGAGCAAUCCCUAAUAGGACGAAGGCAGACAAACAUGGAAGACAAUGCAGAUUUAUUGUAGCAGAAAAGAGGUAUCUAAGCUUCCACACAAAAAUGAUUUUCAUUCAGGUCUGUUGAAGCUGUAUCUAUGGAAUUUUGUAGCAAAAUAUGCCAUAGCAAACAAUCGGAAGCAAAAUUCCCUUGGAGAACAUCUGUGUACUGCUCCUUUAAGCAAGAGCCAAGGGAGAUCCUGGCAUCUAAAUCCUAAAAGAUGCACAAUUAGGCCAACAAGCUUAGAUAUCCUUUAGAUUAAAAUAAAAAGGCUUAAAAUAAUGCUGAUAAGAUGUUUUAGUACAGUUUGUAACAAAGGAAAAUGUGCAAGCCCAUUUCCACCUAUCCAUUGGAAGCACACAUCCAAACCCCCUAGAGGUAUGUGCUCCCUGCCCUGGCCUCACCCAGGCACUGCCCCCACAGCAGGCACAAGGAAAGUUCUGAAAGUAAAAACUUGAGUAAUGUUACUCAGAAAGUGAAGGUAAUAAAUGUGUACGUAACUGAAAUUCUCAGCAUUUAGGCGAGCACUGGGUAGAAGCCUGUGCAGAAUGAGAAUGCUGCAGAACAAGUAAAGUCCUACUAGUUCCCAGAGCCAAAUUUUAGCUACAAGCUAUCUGUGAGAUUGGGAAGGCUAGACCGUGCAUUCCUGCAUGCACGUGAAUGACAGCGUGCUCAGGACAGAUAGCUAACGAGGCAUCUGACUCUGUAUGCAAAUGUUGGCUGGCAUGGGUAAAUGUUCUGCAGCCUGAAGUUCAGAAUGUAAAAAUGGGGCGUUCUGCAUCACCCUGUGCUGUGUGUUAACUAUGGUGGUGUUCAACUGUACAACCACAAUUCUUGCCUACGUAUAUACAGUUGUAGAUUCUGCUUGUGCAGAAAGUGUCGCCUAAAUGGAUGUGAUGCUUAUAAUUUUUAGAGAAAAUGGAGGAAAGGCAAAUGGGGAUAAUGCAUGCUUUUUUGGAUGAAGUGAAAUUUUGAAAGGGAAAGUUGAAAACAGGCCUCUGGAAGUGCAGAAAUUGAAGACUAGUUGCUAAAAGAUUGUUUCUGAUUGUUCUUUGUAGCCAAAUUGCCCCUCCUUACUGUUGUAUCAGUACUUGUUCUCUAGGCAGCUCAGGUGAGAUCCGAGGCCAGCCAGGAGCAGUAUCCUGAUGGUGAAGUGGGACCACUGGGUAACCAGUUGUGCAGGGGCUACCUGAGGCAGUACCAGGCAAAACUGACCAAACACGGACCGUGAUUUAGGAGUUUGUUUACAGGCUCCACGUUCAUGUUUACAAUAACUUCUGAAGCUCGUGCUUUUUUACGUUUCCUGUAUGAGAAGGGCAGCUGGUUACAGAUAUUUAUCGUGUUUACCAGCAUUUCCAAAUAGAUUUUUUUAUAAUACAUGGUUUUAUGAAGUGUAAUAUUUUUAUAGCAGAUUGAUGAUCUUUGGACUUUCUAUAUUGUUACACACAACUGCUUCAAACAAGCUCUUUGCUCCCCUUUCUCUCUGUACUGUGUUCAGUGCUGCUAUGCUGCUAUGCUGCUGGCUUCAGCUCCUGCUCCCACAAGCUGACAGUAUCGUGAAGCCACACAAACUGACUGCAAAAAGCUGUGAGCAGAUGGGAGGGUGGGCAGCGUGCUGGGACUGGCUAAAGAGCUGAGCUGAAGCAGGGUGAGGGCUGGCUGUGGGGAGAUGCCUGUACCUGUCUGUACUCUGUCAUUUUGGCUUGGCAUGUCUAUCUUUUCCUUCCUUUAUAAAGAAAUAAAAAGGGAGGGGAGGAAGGGAUCCAGCUUGGUUUUGCAUGAUGCCUUUCCAGUCCCCAAGCACUGUCCAUGCUUGAAUGCCGGGUGUGGUGAUGGUAAAGGCACGUCUUUACCUUUCCAAGUCAGUCUGGAGCCAUUAUUUCUGUGCAACCUGAAUAUUCAAGCCUCUGAUUUAGGAAGCAACAAGUAACCCUGUAACCCUCCAUCAGCAGACGGUUCACCCACGAGGCAUAUUUGGGGUUUCACUGCCAGACAAAUGCGAGCAUUCAUACAAGCUGCCUGGCAUGGAUUUCCUCUCAGAGACCUCCUGUGGUACAGGUCUUCGGAGAACCACUGGCAAGCAGCCAGCAUACCCUAUUCUUGCUGAGCUUACAGGUGACUGCAAAGCAAAGCCAGCCUAUCCUCCUGGGAGGAACUGGGUCUGCCUCCUUGGCAUUACCAUCAUUAAAAUUCUCUUCCCCUCUGUGAUAUCCAGCAGCAUUACAUAAGUUGUGAGUCCAGAUCAGGAACUACAUUUUGUACCAGACAUGGAAAAACUCCAUGUGAUCCAGAUCCAAGUAAGCAUAACCAAGGGAACUUGGACUUUCAAAUACGUGGCACAGCAUUUUUGCUAUGCCCAUGGGUAUGCCUCUGUUCUCCUGCCAGCUGCUCCUGUCUUCCUCCUACUUCUGUCACUUCUUUUGUCUGUCCCUAAUAGAAGCGACCCUUCCUGUGCCUUUACUCCUCAUGGUCCUUCACCACUAAGAUAUCUGUAUGUCUCCAUCCUGUUCCUCAUGCCCUUGUGCCUUCCACAAAUCCUUCCUCCUUUGCUUUACCAAGCUUUUCUCCUGAAAGGUCCAUACCAUGGCUAGUAGAGCCACUCCUGGGAGGCAGAGCAAUGACUGCUG